AUUCCCCCAACCAAAGAAAAUAAUAGGACGACCAAAAAAAAAAAAAUCCUAAUAUUCUUUCAGUUUCACUCACCACCGACCACUCAACGCUCCUCCAAAAAAGAAGUUCCGAUGGCGAGCCUGUGGCGGGCCGCGACGGGCCAGGCGGAGCAGCCCAACAACUACGACGGCGUGGAGUAUUGGGCCAACCCGGAGCGCACCGGGUGGCUAACCAAGCAAGGCGAGUACAUCAAAACCUGGCGUCGCCGCUGGUUCGUGUUGAAGCAAGGCAAGCUGUUCUGGUUCAAAGACUCAACCGUUACCCGCGUCUCUAAGCCACGUGGCGUCAUCCCCGUGGCCACUUGCCUCACAGUCAAGGGCGCCGAAGACAUCCUCAACAGACAGUACGCUUUCGAACUCUCCACUCGAUCCGAUACCAUGUACUUCAUCGCCGAUUCUGAGAAGGAGAAGGAGGAUUGGAUCAACUCCAUCGGACGGUCCAUAGUGCAGCACUCUAGAUCAGUCACCGACUCCGAGAUCGUCGAUUACGAUAGCAAGCGAUGAUGAUGAUAAUUGGUGAGCUCGAUUUCUUUGUACUUUCAAUUUUCGGAUAUUUUGUUUGUAUAUCUAUGCGGAUCGUUUCGUUUGGUGGCUCUUUGUAAUUGUAAUUGUAAGAAUACUUUCUCUGUUUCUCUCUGUUUGGUAAUGAAUCAAUCAUCACUUCUCA